GUGAUGCUUCUCCAUGGCGGGUCCUCAUUGAUUGAAUUUGAUCAAGAAAAGCGAUAUAAAGAUUUGUUCUUGCCAUGCUAUACUGUAAUUUCUGAGUGAUAAGAGUAAUGUCAUCCGCAUUUUGAAAUGACAGUUCAGAUCUUUGGCUCUCUUUAGAAAAUCCAAUCAAGAUCUGAUCCAUCUCCAUAUUCAAUUGGAAGAUGGCGGCGUUAUCAGUCCCGAGCAUCUUGAAAGAGAAGAAAUUCCCCUUCGUAUUCGCCUUCUUCCUCUUGCUCAUACUCGUCACAUUCCUCCUCAUCUCCAACUCUCACUCCCCAAUCCCCAUCGCCACCAAUCUCGCCGGCUCCAUCUCCGCCGCCACUCCAGUGCCCCUCUCCUCUUCCGCCGCCGCGUCUCCUGAAAUCCCGGCCGCCGCCGCCCCGCCUCCUCCGGUUGGCGGCCGUGUUGAUUAUCAGGAUGUGGAGUGGGAGCUGUGCAAGGGGGUGGAUGUGGAUUUCAUACCCUGCUUGGAUAAUUGGAAGGCCAUCAAGGAGCUGCAGUCCCGGCGGCAUAAGGAGCACCGCGAGCGGCAUUGCCCCGACACGCCGCCGCGGUGCUUGGUUCCUCUCCCCCAAGGCUACAAAGCUCCGGUUGCUUGGCCCAAGAGCAGGGAUAUGAUAUGGUACAACAAUGUUCCACAUCCCAAACUUGUCGAAUACAAGAAGGAUCAGCGGUGGGUGGUCAAAUACGGGAACUAUUUUGUUUUUCCUGGCGGUGGUACACAAUUUAAGAACGGUGUCAAGCAUUACAUUACAACUAUUGAAAAGAUGUUACCAGAAAUUGGAUUUGGGAAGAAGACAAGGAUAGUUUUAGAUGUUGGCUGUGGUGUAGCUAGCUUUGGUGGUGCUUUGCUGGAUAGAGAUGUCAUGACUAUGUCAUUUGCCCCGAAGGAUGAACAUGAGGCUCAAAUUCAGUUUGCUCUUGAACGGGGAAUUCCAGCUUAUCUCUCAGUCAUUGGAACGCAAAAGCUGACAUUUCCUGAUAAUUCUUAUGAUGUAGUCCACUGUGCAAGGUGCCGGGUUCAUUGGGAUGGAGAUGGUGGACAACCGUUACUGGAACUAAACAGAAUUCUUAGGCCCGGAGGGUAUUUUAUAUGGUCGGCCACACCAGUCUAUAGAAAGGAUGAUAGACACAAGAGUAUCUGGCAAUCUAUGGUAACCCUGACAAAGUCAAUAUGCUGGAGUGAAGUGGCAAAAAUAUCUGCUGUUGGUGCUAAUGAUGUUGGACUAGUUAUAUACCAAAAGCCCAUUACAUCUUCCUGCUACAAGAGUCGCAAGGAGCAGAAUCCACCUCUCUGUGAUCAGAGUAGGUCCAACAGUUCAUGGUACAUGCCUCUGGACAGUUGCCUAGUGCCACUUGCGGAUGAGUCCUACACUUGGCCUUCACCUUGGCCACAGAGGCUCAAAGAAAAACCUCGAGCCCUCUCCGAGCCAGACGCUGAAGUAAGCUAUAGAGAUGACAGCACUCACUGGUCUGCACUUGUCUCUGAGGUUUAUCUUGGAGGCCUCGGUAUAAACUGGUCAAAGUUGAGAAAUGUUAUGGAUAUGAACGCACGCCAUGGAGGGUUUGCUGCUGCACUCGUUAAUCUACCUAUAUGGGUAAUGAAUGUCGUACCCAUUCAGGAAGCAGAUACUUUACCAGUCAUCUAUGAUCGAGGGCUGAUUGGUGUUUAUCAUGAUUGGUGCGAGUCAUUCAAUACAUACCCGCGAACGUACGAUCUUCUGCACUCGAGUUUCCUCUUUGCAAAUUUGAGUAAGAGGUGCGAUAUAAUUGAAGUAGCUGCAGAGAUGGAUCGUAUAUUGAGACCCGACGGGUACCUGUUGGUUCAAGACACCGUGGAAAUGCUUAACAAGAUUGGCCCCAUUCUGAAAUCCCUUCACUGGGAUGUAAAUUUACAUCAAGAUCAGUUUCUUGUUGGCAAGAAAGGUUUCUGGAGGCCGGGUACAUAAGCUAGACCCUUACCACAAUCUACUAUGUAUAAUAUUUUCUUCAAGGACAAAAAAUGUUCUAUUCACAUUGCUUACAAAAUAAUAUAGGUAUUUUGGAGUAUACUGUAUUGUUGGAAAGGCUUUUUAUAGUAACAGAGUUGGAAAGAGAUCA